CUCCUACUGCUUCGUGGUUAUGCAUUUAACCAAACUGCGGACUUCGAAACGAUUCGUCAGAUGAAAGAAAAAUUGUGUUACGUAGCUUACGACGUGGAACAAGAACAGAGUCUGGCGUUGGAAACUACUGUAUUAGUCAAGAAAUAUACGCUACCAGAUGGGCGAGCGAUCACAGUCGGAGGGGAGUUAUUUAGUGCACCAGAGGCUUUGUUCCAACCGCACCUGAUUAACCACGAAGGCGUUGGCGUCGCAGAACUCUUGUUUAACACAAUUCAAUCGGCGGAUAUGGACACUCGACCCGCCCUUUACAAACACAUUGUCCUAAGUGGAGGUAGCACAAUGUAUCCGGGUCUACCGAGCCGAUUGCAACGUGAAAUCAAGCAGCUGUAUUUGCAAAAUGUCUUAAAAGGUGAUACCUCAAGACUGUCGAAAUUCAAAAUCCGCAUUGAAGCCCCACCGCAACGCAAACACAUGGUGUUCAUCGGCGGUUCCGUCUUGGCUAACAUUAUGAAGGACCAUUCGAACACUUCAUGGUUGACCAAGGAGGAGUAUGAAGAGAAGGGUUUAAAGGUUUUGGAUAAGCUAACUCAUGGUUGAGCCCAAUAUCCACGCGCUACUUGCUUGUGCUUUCCAUGAAUUAUGUUCACGGAAUCGUCACUACAGUUUCCGUCGAAAUUAUUGCGGUGAAGCUCUAACCCACUCUUCCCGUUUCAGCUCAUACAGCCAACGCCACCAUUGCUGACAUCUGCCAUCUCACACUUUUGGAGUGCAGUUACGUAACCACUGAGAUGUGCAACGCAUUUCUUAUCGCCUUUCGACGCGAAUGCUUCAUGGAACUGAUUUCCUCUUUGCUCACCUCUGUGGCACUAGAUGUGCUACCAAAAAUUGUGAUGCUCAAAGUCUAUAACUUUUGUAUCUUGCAUUAUUUUAUAAUUCUGACAACCUCAUUCCGAUGUGUACGUUAUUCUACUCUUUGAUUGGAAUCAAAAAUAGCUAAUCGAUAGUUUUA